AUGCUCUGGCUUCACAUCGUGCAAUACUCUGGUUUCUUUUUGGCCCAAAUUACAAAUUCCGUAUUGAUUUAUCUCAUUUUGACAAAAGCUGAAAAACUAUUCGGUACAUAUCGUCAUGUCAUGUGCACUUUUGCAAUGUAUUCUCUCAUUUAUGCUUGGAUUGAAGUGUUGACCCAACCGGUCAUGCAUAUCAAGGGACCUUGUUUCAUUGUUUUUAUGGAUAGUCCGUUGAAGUAUCACAGUUGGAUUGGCAAUAUGAUCACAUGUAAGUACAGUUUGAAGUUGGUCUACACUGAACAUUUCAGACCGGAACUUCUCGCGAAGAUCGAAGGAUUCAAACUCACUUACAUCUUCAUUCCAUGCAUCGUCUGCUUCGUAUUGUGGUUUGAAUUUGUUUAUUAUGGAAUGGCGAACACUGUGGAAAAACAGAUUUAUAUGAAGGAAGAACUAGAAAACUAUUAUGAAGAAGACUCUGAAAGAGUUGCUUUCAUUGCACCAAUGUAUUGGUCCAUUGGAAAAAAUGGAGAGAAAAUUUGGAAGUUUGGGGAAAUAAUGGGUUCUACUGGCUGUGUUUGUAUUAUUGCCGUAUGUUUCUCCACUAUUGUUAUCUGUGCAACAAAUAUUUAUCUGACAAUGAAAAGUGUCAAUUGUCAUAUGAGUGCACGAACAUUGGAGUUGAAUCAUCAACUUUUUCUCACUCUCACUUUCCAGACUCUCCUCCCAUUUAUUAUGAUGUACAGUCCAGUUGGUUUGUUGAUUACUCUUCCACUUUUUGAAGUUUAUGUCGGGAGCAUUGCCAACUUCGUUCCAGCAAGUCUUGCAGUCUAUCCAUCUUUGGAACCACUUAUCGCAAUGAUUUGUAUCAAAGAUUUUAGAAAAACCAUUCUGUGUUCCUCAUGGAGAAAGAUUUCUCCGAGAGUUACGGCAUAUAUUACGAGUUCAAGUGCGAUUCUUUAA